CGGGUUUUGGCUUUUGGAUUUUUUUUUGUUUUGUUUUUGCCUUUUUUUUUUUUUGUCCCCUUUGGCAUUGUUUUAUGACAGCGCGCCCUUCGUGACUCCUGCUGGCCCCUCGCAAGAGAAGUCUUCCGUACAGUGCACCAGUUCUGGUGGAUUCUUAGCCCUUGCAAAGUAUGUGUUGACAUACCUGGGAGAGAGAACCAAGCACACAGCCAUUAUCCUUUUGAUGCUCCGAAGAAUUAUCGCUGUGUCACUGUAUGACUUUUAUAUGGCUGUAUGUGAAUUUGUUCAGCGGAAACCACAAUGAGAAGGAGUAAAAAGAGGUUUUGAAAUGUAAUUGUGUGGGCAACACGAUCAAGAGACCUGAAAACAAGGGACCAGCCCCUCUGGGACAGAGUGCUACCCAGGAGAGUCUCUUUCCUGCUCCUCAGACUGGGAAAAGCAGCAGGAGUGGCUGCUCAGAAAGCGAGGAGGAGAGGAUGCCUGGGGGCUUUACAUACCACCGUCCAAGAUCUGCUUACAGCAUCACGUUGGAAUGGAUUCUGCUUACCCCAACACUUUAUUGCUGUGAAGCCGCCAGAUCUUCUGCACUACCACCUAUCUCUUUCACAAUGGCUCUCAGCUGCCAGGUAAAACUUUUUGAAGCUGUUAGAACUAAAGCAAACCCAGACGAGUCUCACUUUCUGCGUUGUUUCAACUCGGGGAAUAUAUUAUUGAAAGAACUAGUGGAGAAUUAUUGAAAAGGAAAACAUCUGUACAAUUUUGCACUUAAGAAUGGGAGAGUUUUCCUGGCUUUUAUGCAAGUGUUUUUUGGAGAGGACUGAGAGAGCAGGAAGGUGACAGCCCUGCCUUUGUCUGCCCUGGGAGUCGGUGAUCUGCCUCCGCAUCUUGCUGAAGGAUUCAGAAGAGGCUGAUCCACCUCGCAGGGAAGGUGAGUAACAUGAAGCAGGGAUGCUAGCCUGCCAAGAAUGCAGGCACUGUGGUAGUCAGAUGUUUUUUCUCCCUUGUAUAAAAUCAAUAGCAUUGUGUUUAUAUAGCGUUUUUCACCAACAUUUUCAUGGAAAAAAAGAAACCUAAAAAACUCCGUGUCCCACCCCAGAUCUCCAUGAAAUAUGUAACUGAGAAAGUUUGGUUGAAAGUAGAAACUCUUGAGAUAAGAAUCCUGCAGGCACUACACCAGGGCAAUUAUAUUUCACAAUUGAUGAGUCCAUUCUCUAAACCGCAACCAUCCAGCUCAGGAGAUGGAGUCCUGUGGCAGACCCUUGCUCUGCAGGAGAAAAGUAGGGCAUGGGGUAUAUUGACUACUGCUGCCAGGGGCAGUAGUUUACCAUUUUUGAAUUGUCUGUGGGAAGUGGAUAGUUUGUAAACAGAAAACUUUAUUUUGUUGAAAACCAUGGGGGAAAAAAAAGGUUGAGGGAGUAGGUCAGCUCAGGUUCUGUUUGGUAAGGAAGGGAAGAAAGAAGGUGAGGCUCAGAUGCCUUAGACAUUGCUUGUGGCAUGUUCUCCCAAAAUGAAGCUGAUUCAUAUUUGGAAAUGAUUUGACUGCAGGCAGAUAGUUUAGAACAUAAUGUAUUAUGCAGAUUUCUACCUAAUUGACUUGUCCAAUUAGAUCAUUAAAAUGCCUCAAGCAUUUGUGGCUGGCUUUUAUUUUGUAAGAUUUUUAAGAAAAACUCACCAUCUUUUCCUUGCAGAAAUCUUGCCCAUGUAUUCUCUCCACCCUGUGGUUUCUGGAUGAGGAUGACUGAAGUGUGUAUGCAGGGCUGGGAGAUACUGAUGUAGAGAAGACUGGGAACUGUUUGAAAGUGGUGUUAAUCAAAGGUUGCAGAAGGUGGUGGCUUCACCGGAGACUUUCCUGUGGUAUAUUAAUUGAGCUACAUUUUUGUGGCUACUUAACUCUGACACCAUGUUUUUGCACAGACGUUAAAUUGCACCUUGCAUGAACUUUACUGCAUUGUAAAGUACCAUAGAAGCAGAGAUACUUUCUGAGAUUUGAAAUUAGGGAAGGCACUAAUUAUAAACAUUUUUUGCUGAUUUUUUUAAACAGUAUUUCAGCCUCGUAUGUUCCUUCCAACCUGCAGUUCUUCAACUCUGACUUUGUACAAAUUAUCAAAUUAAUGCUGUCAUGAAAGCGCAGUACUGAGCCAGACGACGGCUGUCCUUGUUGCAUAAUGCAGAGAGCUUUGGCCAGAGGAGUUUUUAGCAAUAGCGAGGAAGGGCGGGGUAUAGAGGACACACUCUGUAAUUGAGGAUCAAAGCUAAUUGUUUCUGCUUCUCAAUCUGUAUAGGAGCUGUUCAGCUGCAAGAGGCAGAAGUGUUAGGAAGCAUCUCUCACCUAGACGUUUUGUCAACAGGGAGGAGUGAAGAGGGAAGGCUUUCAGAAGCAACACAAAGAAGACGGAGAUGGAUAUUAAGAGCAUGAAGAACUAUCUCUAUUGGCUGUACUGCCAGUUUGAACUAAUCACCUGCAGCUACCUCAUGGAGCCCUGGGAAAAACUGCUCUUCUACACUUUCAACAUUACGAUGUUAGUUAUGGUAUUAUACACCGCUUACAUCUUUGUCUCUGUCCACAUUAGCACGGCUUUCCAAUUCUUCUUGCACUUAUUUGGAAACCAACAUGAAAAUACUGUUUCUGUCGUGAAGUAACAUUGGCAACCUGACACUGACUUUUGGAUCAAAGAAGUGUUUUCUUAACACUCCGUUUUUGUUUAUAAACAGGUUCAGGGUGCGUGCAAACACUGUUUUAUUCUGCAGUAUCUUUUAAUGUUCUUCUUUAUUCUGGGACUCUCUGACAGCAAAUUAUUUUGCCAAAACAAUUUCAAUCACUCCUUGUUUUUAUCAUUUGACUGCUUCUUAAAGAGCUUUCAAUUUUAAAGACUGGCUGGAGUUACGAAGCUGGGUUGGGUACAGAAAAAACUGUGCUGCAUGUUUUGUUAUUCCAGGGAGAGCUGCUUGGAUAUGGAGAGUUUUCAUCUUGAGAAAUUAUAUGGCAUACAUUUGUUCUUGUCUGCCAGAGCUUUGCUGAUGGGAGAGAUGUGUACACAAAAGGUUUUGCACAAUACUGUACAACUAUAAGCUGCUUCUCUAAGCUGUGUGUAUUUAUAGAAUGGUUUUAUUAUUUAUUUAGUUUCCUCAAUUAUUUAAUACAAUGAAUUACAUGACUUACAUGGUUCAUCAUCAUUAUGCAAAUAAUGCAUUUGAUUUAUU